AUGGUGAAUUUAGUUGAAAUAUCUCGUGUCAUGCUUUUUGUUGCUUCACUACAGCUAAGGUCGAAUGAGGUUAUUUUGACCGUUGAGGGCCUCCCGCUGUCGCGGUUUCGAGUGUCAUAUGACUCGAAUGUUUUUGAAGGUGCUUGUCAAAAAUCCUCAAAGAGUAUUUAUCUUGUGUCCUGUGAUGAAGAUUCUGCUUCUUGUGAUUUUCUGGGCUCCUCCGAUAAUCAAAAUGUGUGCCAAGCGGGGAACAGUGAGACGGCGGGUCUUCUUUUUGAGGAGAUGUCAGUAAAUGGUAUUAAGGCAGAUAUAAUCACUUACAAUGCAUUGAUUUUGGGACUAUGUAAAGAGGGAAAGACAAGGAAAGCUGCAUAUCUGGUGAAAGAGCUGGAUAGACAAAAAUUUGAUCCAAACUAUUCUACCUUCUCUGCUCUUAUAACUGGGCAAUGUGUUAGAAAGAACCCUGACCGUGCUUUUCAACUGUACAGAAGCAUGAUAAGGACUGGUCGUCAUCCAAAUGAAGCAACUCUGGUGAUGCUGAUAUCCACUUUCAUUGAGAAUGAGGGAAACGAUGGAGAUGCUGUGGUUUCGAGGGAGAUGCUUGAGAGAUCUACUUCCCCUAAUCCAGGUACUUUAUCAGAGCUUUGCAAUGGACUUUGUCAAGAUGGCAAAGAAGAAGUUCAAGUGGCAACCCGCUUGUGUAAAGAGGUAGAAGCUAGGCAUCUCAUGCCAGAAAGUUUUCAAAAGACUGGUAGAAUCUUUAGCUCUAGACCGAAAUCUUUGGACGACAAAUGUGAGUCAAAAAAUUGA